ACGGCGCGAGCCCGCAGCUCCUUUCCUUCUCUUCGCCCCGGCCAGUCCGCGUCCCACUCCCGGACGCGACGCGACCCUGAAACUCGACGCGUUCCAACUACAGCCUCCCUAGUCCCUCCCAUGGGCGCGCGCUAUCGCAGCCUCGGCCGCACGAGCUACUCAGCAGCAUCUGCUUCUUCUCGCAAGGCGCGCCGCGCUUUCCACGGUGCGGCGCCCGCUACCGGUCACAUGCAGAGUCAGUGCGGUAGCGCGCCGCUCGGGCUCGCUGCCCCCGCCGCGCAGCACAUUGGGUGUAUGCUCGGCGAGGGCCACCGGCCGGGCGCACUCGAGCUUGCCGCGGCGAUCAGGUCGUCCUCGGCGCUCCCGGGCAGCGGCAGCGCGCUCGCGAGGUGCCUCCACGGGCUCGCCGUGAAGGCCGGGCGCGUGGCGAGCAGCGCGACGGUGGCGAAGGCGGUCAUGGACGCGUACGGGAGGUUCGGAUCCCUCGCGGAUGCUCUCCUGUUGUUCGACGAAAUGGCGCGCCCCGACGCGGUGUGCUGGAACAUCCUCAUCACUGCAUGCUCUCGCCGUGGGCUUUUUGAGGACGCCUUUAUUUUGUUCCGGUCGAUGCUCUCUUGUGGCGUGGGACAGGGCAUGCCGACUGCAGUGACGGUGGCUGUAAUUGUUCCGGCAUGCGCGAAGUGGAGGCAUUUGCAGACCGGCAGAAGCGUCCAUUGCUACGUGGUGAAAACUGGUUUGGAAUCAGAUACUCUGUGUGGAAAUGCAUUGGUGUCAAUGUACGCAAAAUGUGGUGGAAGUAGGGUAAUGGUUGAUGCACAUAGAGCAUUUUCUUCUAUUCGCUGUAAAGACGUUGUUUCAUGGAAUUCAGUCAUUGCUGGAUAUAUAGAGAAUCAGUUAUUUGGAGAGGCGCUUGCGCUGUUCAGUCAGAUGAUCUCACAGGGAUAUCUUCCAAAUUAUUCAACAGUGGCUAGUAUUCUUCCUGUGUGCUCAUUCACAGAGUUUGGGAGGCAUCAUGGGAAAGAAGUGCACAGUUUCGUGGUCAGGCAUGGUAUGGAAAUCGAUGUAUCUGUUUCUAAUGCACUGAUGACACAUUAUUCCAAAGUGCUUGAAAUGAAGGAUGUAGAAUCAAUAUUUACUAGUAUGGAUGUGAGGGAUAUCGUAUCAUGGAACACCAUUAUUGCAGGAUAUGUGAUGAACGGGUAUCACCAUAGAGCAUUGGGCCUGUUUCAGGGGCUUCUGUCUACAGGAAUUGCUCCUGAUUCUGUUUCUUUUAUCAGUCUGCUCACUGCCUGUGCUCAAGUAGGUGAUGUCAAGACAGGGAUGGAGGUUCAUGGUUAUAUUUUUCAAAGGCCAGUACUUCAAGAAACAUCCUUAAUGAAUGCUCUUGUCACUUUUUAUAGCCACUGUGAUAGGUUUGAUGAUGCUUUUCGUGCUUUCACCGAUAUUCUGAACAAAGACUCAAUUUCAUGGAAUGCAAUUCUCUCUGCUUGUGCCACCAGUGAACAACAUAUCGAGAAGUUUUUUGUACUGAUGAGUGAAAUGUGCCGUGGGGUAAAUCAGUGCCAGUGGGAUUCAGUCACAGUCUUGAAUGUUAUACACAUGAGUACCUUCUGUGGUAUUAAGAUGGUCCGCGAAGCUCAUGGGUGGUCUCUAAGAGUUGGUUAUACAGGUGAAACUUCAGUAGCAAAUGCUAUUCUGGAUGCUUAUGUGAAGUGUGGCUACUCACACGAUGCAAGCAUACUUUUCAGAAACCACGCUGGGCGGAACAUUGUUACUGACAAUAUAAUGAUUUCUUGCUACUUGAAAAGUAACUGUAUAGAGGAUGCUGAAGUGAUCUUCAACCAUAUGGCUGAGAAAGACCUGACUUCAUGGAAUUUGAUGAUCCAGUUGUAUGCACAGAAUGACAUGGAUGGUCAAGCUUUCAGUCUGUUUAAUCACUUGCAAUCUGAAGGCUUGAAGCCUGAUAUUGUUAGCAUUGCAAACAUUCUUGAGGCUUGCAUUCAUUUGUGUUCUGUACAGCUUGUGAGACAAUGUCAUGCCUACAUGCUCAGAGCAUCCCUAGAAGACAUCCAUCUUGAAGGAGCUCUUGUUGAUGCGUACUCAAAAUGCGGCAACAUAACCAAUGCAUAUAACAUCUUUCAGAUCAGCCCAAAGAAGGACCUUGUCACAUUCACUGCCAUGAUUGGAUGUUACGCGAUGCAUGGAAUGGCAGAAGAGGCAGUAGAGCUGUUCUCUAAAAUGCUUAAACUUGACAUUAGGCCAGACCAUGUAGUUCUGACCACACUUCUGUCAGCAUGCAGUCACGCAGGCUUGGUUGAUGCUGGAAUCAAAAUUUUCAAGUCCAUCAGAGAGAUUCACAGAGUUGUACCAACAGCAGAACACUAUGCGUGUAUGGUUGAUCUUCUUGCCCGCAGUGGACAUAUCCAAGAUGCAUAUAUGUUUGCCUUGGAUAUGCCCCCUCAUGCAGUCAAUGCAAAUGCAUGGAGCUCCCUGCUAGGAGCAUGCAAAGUCCAUGGAAAGGUUGAAAUUGGUCAACUCGCUGCUGGUCGGUUGUUCUCAAUGGAAGGGGGGGAUAUUGGGAACUAUGUCAUUAUGUCAAACAUCUAUGCAGCUGAUGAGAAAUGGGAUGGUGUUGAGAAUGUCCGAAAACUGAUGAAGUCCAUCGAUAUGAAGAAACCUGCAGGGUGCAGCUGGAUAGAGGUCGAGAAGACCAGACACUUGUUCAUAGCGAGCGAUAUUAAUCAUCAAGAUAGGUCUUGUAUCUACGAUAUGUUAGGAAGUCUGUAUCAGCAAAUCAAAGAUACACACACACAGAACAUGACAAUGGUGAAAUCUAUGUGACCACAAGUUGCAAAAAAGAAGAAGUGAAGCGCUCUUCAUCUGAUAUGUGCCCAGUGGCUUGUCUGACUCCAGUUGCAGGGCUUCCACUUCCUGGCUGCAAAUAGUAACGAAUUUGCCUUUGUCUCACUGAGAGGCUGGAGAUUAACUCCAUUAUGUAAAUAUGUGAGCACUGACAAGGAUCUUGAAGCCAAGAAAGAGACCAUGGAAUUUCAAGUUAACCAAUGUCCUUAGAGAGUAUAUGCUCGUGGUUUGCUGUUAAAAAGAAGGGAUGACUUGAUACCUUUUUUUUCCGUUGCGGCUGUAGGCAUGACCUGUAGACUACUGGAAACUCAGAAUUUGGAGAGGAUCUUUUGGUGAUUGCUGCUGAUCAACCAUUUCGCUUCCCUGCCACAUUUACAUUUGUGGUUAGAGCAUUCUCAGGUUUCAAUGUCUAAUAAUCUACAUGUUUACAUUUGUGGUCAGACCACUUUCCAGCGUUGUGCGUUGUCGCGACACCUUUUUUUCUUUUGCCCAAAUUUUACCCCCACCACGAUUUAGCAUAGGCAUGGCACUUAACCCCCCCCUUCCGGAUUGUAUGUAGAUGUAAUGAUAACAUAUAAAGAUGUACAUAGUGUAUAAUAGACAUUCUCCAUGUAUUGUUUCGUUUUCAUGAUGUACCAGUACACAGAUAAUCGUUUGAUUUUUUUUCUUACAUAAAUUAUUAGAUUGAAUGAUAAAUAUUUGUUUUCUGAUCCUUUUUCCCUGUGCAAGAAUGCUGAGGGAUAAUUCUUAAAAAGUGUUUGCGUGCACAAAUUUUCCUGAAAUAUGAAAGAUAUAACAGCUGAUUUAUAUUUUUUAUUGAAAAGUAGAGAACAUUCAGGAACAUUUUCUUACAAUCUCAUAUGUUGUGAUUUCGAAAGAGAAACCAACUGAAGAUGUAAGCCAGCAGUGUCUUGUGCAUUGAUUUAAUUUUUUGGAAAGAAGUAACAUCGUUGUAUAAUACUUGGAAUUCAGUAAAAUGUAUUGUCACUAUGGCUUUGUCUGGAUCUUGGCCUAAGUUCAUACUUGGAUGCCAUCAGUGAACUAUGUCGUUGUAUAGCCUUAAAUUUCUGUACAAUCUGGAGUAGCUGACCUGGUAUGAUGAGUAUUGUAAUCUUUGCAUGAAUAUUUUGGCUUGUUGCGGACUAAUUAUGAUGCAAAUAGUUCCUAAGUUAUUGUUUGUUGCAUCUAUGCAGAAAUAAAACCAAGAUAGUGGAUGCUGGUGCACUUGAGCCCCUGCUUGGUUAUUUGCGAUCAAGCGAUCCAAAUUUGCAGGAGUACGCCACUGCUGCUCUCCUUACACUUUUAGCCUCAUCCACCACUAAGCCUGUCAUAGGUGCCUCAGGAGCAAUCCCUCUACUUGUGGAAGUCCUCAAAGGAGGGAAUCCCCAAACCAAGAAUGAUGUUGUGAUGGCCCUGUACAACCUCUCCACAAUCGCAGACAACCUUCAAGCUAUCCUUUCUGCCCAGCCGAUCCCCCCUUUAAUAGAGCUACUGAAGGGUGGCAAGAGGUCCUCCAAAACAGCCGACAAAUGCUGUGCUCUUCUCGAGUCGUUGCUCGCUUUUGACCAGUGUCGGGUGGCCUUGACAUCCGAGGAAGGCGGAGUGCUCGCCGUCGUAGAGGUGCUUGAGGAGGGCUCCCUUCAGGGCAGAGAACACGCCGUGGGAGCGCUCCUGACAAUGUGCGAGAGCGACCGCAGCAGGUACAGGGACCUCAUCCUGAACGAAGGGGCGAUUCCUGGUCUUCUCGAGCUUACGGUUCACUGUAGGGCGCCCGAAGGGGCGCCUAAUGUUCUAGU